AGCCACUAUUCUUGCUCAAAGAGCUGUUCUGCAUGUCAUGGCAGAGUCAGACUCUGAUGAAAAAGCCAAGCCGGAGGAAGCCCAAGGAGAUGCAGAUGCAGACGGUGGGGAAGGGGGCGCAGUCGCCACUGGAGGCAAUAUCAAAGGGCGCGGUAUGCGAGCGUUCCAGCCAGAGAAGGAGGAGGAUGAGCCUGUAGCCAAAGCAAAGGCCGAAGAUGAGGCUCCCGUCCCGAAAACGAAGGACGAGGAGGUGCCAGCAACAAAAAAGAAGGCCGAAGACGAGGUUGAGGCCCCACCUGCCAAAAAGGCACGUGGCCAACCUGAUGCGGUCAAACUGGCAGCUCCGUCGAAGCCCAUCUCGCGAUGGUCAGACAGACUCAGCUUUGAGGAACAGCUGGAAGACUUCAUGAAAAUGCCGCGAAGGGGCAUGUACAAUCGGUAUCUUGUUCUUGGCAAACUUCCACCUGAACUGCGCACAGGUGAGAAUAUCUGGAGACUUAUGCAGCCAGUCCAAAAGGACAUUGUCCAGGUCGAAAUGCUAACCUGCUUCGGAAAGCCUGUGGCACAUGUGACUUUGCGAAGUGCAACGGCAGCUGCAGCAAUGCAUAGACUAUGCGAACAGCAUCACAAGAAUUUGACAGUGGCCUUUGCACCGCCACGGAAGGCCACACCCACUUUGUGGUUGGGCAAUGUAGAUGACUACGUUCCACGCAAAUCUCUGGAGAGCCUGCUCGCUACGUUUGGCAAAGUUCUGCAUGGUUUACGGUAUUUGCCAGCUCGCACUUGUGCCUUCGCCACUUUUGCAGAGGUAGCAAGCUCUGUUAGUGCCAGAAAUAGCCUCUACGGGCUUGAAGUGCAAAAGAAUCAGUAUUUGAACAUCGACUUUGUUGAUGAUGUAGAUACUCAGGCUGCUCCGCCAGAUGCCUUUGGCAUGUGGGGAGGAGCGCCAGCCCCUUGGGCACCGCCUCCAUUCGGGAUGCCCGGAAUGCCUGGAAUGCCUGGGAUGCCGCCCUGGGGUCCACGACCCCCAUGGGCUCCGCCUCCUGGAAUAGGUGGCUGGGGAAUGCCACCCAUUGGUGGUCCUUGGCGUCCUCCAAGGGACGGCGACCACUGGAGAAACACUGAGCCUUGGGGAGCAGUGCCUGGUGCUCGUCUUGUCGAGCGUAGUAAAAAGGGACGGCAAGACUCGAGCCCGGGGAGAGAGGCUUCAGCUGAAAAACCUCGAAGAAAGAAAGAUAAAGAAGGUGCUAGACCAGCCACCGAGUCGGGCACAAAGUCCAAAGUGAAGCUCUACAAGAUGGGAGAGUUUUGCUGCAACAUUGUGGCCAACUUUGUCAAAGGCAAGGAAUCGCCGGAGUCUUUGACCACGAAGCUGCAGAUUGAUCAGCGAACAAAGAUCGACCACUGUCGAGCUCACAUGGAGAGAGCUGGCCAAUUGGCAACUGUAUGGCACUUCUCCGCUGCAGACAGGAAAGACUGUGCUGCGUAUGAUGCCCUUUGUGACUACUUUGUGGAGAAACAGCGAGUAGGACUGGUACAGACUCCGAACUACUAUAUCUACAUAGUUCCGCCAACGGAGAAGUAUUUGAAGGAGCUGAAUUUGCCAGCUUCAAACUUUGUGGUGGGACUCCAGAUCCCAAUCAAAAAAUGAAAUUCUGAGACAACUGAUGUUAGCGGAGUUUGGACAAAGUCUCCGCAAGCUCCCAAAAUUCUCUUUGCUUGGCAGUCAGUGUGACAAUGCACAGCAUCCAGAGGGGGAGGUGGAAAACA